UGUGACUCGACUGAGGGCUAUCGGAAACGUCGCCGCUACGGAACCGCAGAGGUCGGUGAGUGCGAGUCAUGCUGAUGGUGUGGAAGGCUCUGCAGAGAGAAAGAUGAGAACCUACCAAGCGCUUGCCUUCCUCCUGCUCUUUGUGAUUGCCUCUGGGGCUUCUGAAAACUCCAGCACUUCCCGGGGCUGUGGACUGGACCUCCUUCCUCAGUAUGUGUCACUCUGUGACCUGGACACCAUCUGGGGCAUCGUGUUAGAGGUGGUGGCUGGAGCGGGUGCUCUGAUCACACUGCUCUUGAUGCUCAUCCUCCUGGUGCGGCUGCCAUUCAUCAAGGACAAGGAGAAGAAGAACCCUCUGGGCCUCCACUUCCUAUUUCUCCUGGGGACCCUGGGCCUCUUCGGGCUGACCUUUGCCUUCAUCAUCCGGGAGGAUGAGACUAUCUGCUCAGUGCGUCGUUUCCUCUGGGGCAUUCUCUUUGCGCUCUGUUUCUCCUGCCUGCUGAGCCAGGCGUGGCGCAUUCGGAGCCUAGUGCGGCAGGGCAGGAGCCCGUCUGGCUGGCAUCUGGUGGGUGCAGUGCUGUGCCUGACGCUGGUUCAAGUCAUCAUUGCCAUAGAGUGGCUGGUGCUGACUGUGCUGCGUGACUCGAAGCCGGCCUGCGCUUACGAGCCAAUGGACUUCACUAUGGCCCUCAUUUACGACAUGGUACUGCUUGUGGGUGCCCUGGGACUGGCCCUUUUCACGCUGUGUGGCAAGUUCAAGAAGUGGAAACAGAAUGGGGCUUGCAUCCUCCUCACAGCCUUCUUCUCUGUGCUUAUCUGGGUGGCUUGGAUGACCAUGUACCUCUUCGGCAAUGCGGAGCUGCAGCAGGCAGAUACCUGGGGUGACCCCACGUUGGCUAUCACACUGGUGGCCAGUGGCUGGGUGUUCAUCAUCUUCCACUCCAUUCCUGAAAUCCACUGCACCAUCCUGCCCUCCCCUCAGGAAAACACACCUAACUACUUUGACACAUCCCAGCCAAGGAUGCAGGAGACGGCCUUUGAAGAGGACAUGCAGCUACCACGAGCCUACAUGGAGAACAAAGCCUUCUCCAUGGAUGAACAAAAUGCAGCUCUCCGGACAGCAGGAUUUCGCAAUGGCAGUUUAGGAAACAGACCCAGUGCUCCGUUUAGAAGCAAUGUGUAUCAGCCAACUGAGAUGGCCGUUGUGCUCAAUGGAGGGACUAUCCCAACUGCUCCACCAAGUUACACUGGAAGACACUUCUGGUAAAAGACAAAAGUUCCAGAGAACUCUUACCAAUUUUAUUUCCUUGCUGUACUUCUUGAGGGAGAAAUCAGUAACAGUAGCCAAAUAAGGCUGCCUCAUAGUCAGAUUUGGAAAUCCUAGACAAGGGGGUUUUGUGAAAAUGUGAACACUGCUGAACUGAAAAGCUAAUACCAACUGCCCUCCCUGCCUGGUCCCCACUGCCACUAUAAUACCAAACCAACCUCAAUCCCUACAAAUUAAAGCAAAGCUAAUUGCAAACAGUAUUAGGCUCACUCAAAUAUAUGUCCAAGAAGACUGUUAACAUCCUUGGUAGAAUAGAACCAAGUUCACAGCCAGUGUGCCACCAUCUCCCCUCCUCAACCCCUGGUGGCCUCUUGGAGGUUUCACUGAGGAGGACCAAUGGGGGUUUUUCCCGCCAGCCUGCACAUUUCAGGGGAGUGUCAGGAGCAGUUCAGGAGAUUGUGAGUAUGAUUCCAAGGAGAGGCCUAAUCAAAUCAUGGGUCAAGUCUUACAAUCAAUAGUGGUGGAGAGACUCUAUCAUGUGCCAAAGAGGAGAUGUCACCUGUGAGUUGGUGUUCAUCACAUUUAGAAACUGGUGACCCCUAUGGACUAGCGUUUAUGACAGGAAAGCAAGGCACUUCCCUCCUUUAAUGUUUUUUUUUAUAUAGAUUUUAUUUAUUUAUCUUUAGAGGGGAAGGGAAGGAGAGAGGGAGAGAAACAUCAAUGUAUGGUUGCCUUUUUUGCGUCCCCUGCUGGGAAUUGGCCUGCAGGGAACCGGCCUGCAACCCAGGUAUGUGCCCUGACUGAGAAUCGAACCGCGAUUGUCUGCUUCGCAGGCCCGAGCUCAAUCCACUGAGCUACAACAGCCGGGGCACACUUCCCUCCUUUAUAUUACUAAGCAACAGUCUGGCUUGAGACAGCAGUGUCUUCUUCCUUUGAUCAUUUCUCCCUCUUAAGGCACUUACCAGUGCUCUUCCAAGCCCUCUCCCAAUUUUAUCCCCAUUCAUUUCAAAGGCUUAAAUAGGGCCGCCGACUUAAAAGCUCCUGGGUUGGAAGGCAGGCACCACAGCACAUUUUCCCAGAUAAUGUCACAUGGCAGGGUAUUCCAGGGGUGGCCUCUAGAUUUAUGACCCUGCUGCUAAUGUGCAGUGAGUUCUUGGGCUUUUACAUUGAUGUAAUGAAAGUUCCAGGGUGGAGUGGAGCAUCUGGAGCUUUCUUGCUGCUUUUGGAAGGAGUGGUGUACAUUUUAACUUGAUGUUCUCUGAAAGUUCCAUGAAAAUGGUUUGACUCUUAAAGCUCAUUGUUUCUGUCACAGUUUCCAUUUGUUCUCAGAAAGUCAUUCCUUGGUUCUUUGGCAUUUCAAACUACUCAGCCAUUCAAAGUGCCAUGUUUUCUGCCCUGUUUGGCCAGCAUAAUCACUAAUGAUUCAAAGCAAAGUCUUAACCUGACAGCAUGGAAUGUCUAUGUGAGGUUGGAUCCUUUUGCCUACACUCUAAUAUUGCUUUUUUUCUAUAAAACAACCCAUAAGCCUUUAACCUUUUAAAGAAAAUGAAAAAGUUUUGCAUUUGGUGAGGGCAAACUGACCUCUGCAUAAGCCAAUGUGUCUGAUCUAUGUUUUAAUAAACCUUCUGAUUAUUCUUGAGGACCUAGUCUCUGCUGUGUCCUGUCCUCGCCUCCCCUCCCCGAUCCUUGUAGAGCACUGGGGUAAACAAGACCGUCCCCUGUGAGAGACCAUCCUUUGGGGUUUCUGUCCUGCUAGUGCAUUUCUCAUCACCACACAUAGGGAAGGGAAGCAUGGAACCAGAAUGCCCCCAGCCCUGAUCUCUGGAAACUGCCUCCCCUGCCUAAAGCACACACUUGCUUCUAUAGAACCAGACUCCAGUCACUUGUGAGAGGAUCAUCAUUGGGUGAACUGAAAACUUGGGGUGGGAGUGGAGGUGGUUGCAUGCACACCAAGAAUUGUCAAAAUACAUAAUUCUUCCAACACGUGGGUCCAGGUAUGUGAAAACCAACUGCAUUGCACAUUCAUGUGCCAGGACAUGGUCACUCACCCCUGGAUCCUGGAGUCGUUCAGAGCUCCCUGAUCCCAUCUGUGACUCAUUCUGCAGGAGCCCCUUGAAGAAGGGAGUAACUUACAUGAGUACUUUCUAAGUUCUUGGUGUAGGCAUGUAAGAUAGCUCAGCAUAAAUCACUAUGAGUGGAAUGUAAUGUUUUACCACCAUAAAAAUGGAACCAGUUUUGAGGCAUAGAGAACCUUCCUUAUUAAGACCUUUCUUCUUUCUUUUAAACUUCUGAUAUGUUAUUGUGCUCUGAGUUUUAUUUUAUUUUGGCCCUAAGAUCGAGAGUAGGCUGAAUGUCCUCACAAUGGGGGCAAAGAUGGGGAAUGAGGGAAGAGUGCAGAGAACUGUUAUUUUUUUAAUGAUUACACCUGCAUGGUACAAAGAGACAUGUUGGCCAAGAGACUCUGGCAGCCAAUUCCCUCCAUGGAACAAAAGUGUAAAUGUAAAAUUAAAUGGCGUCUUUCUUUAAGAUGUUUAUGUAAAGGAGACUUGUUGGGGAAGAUGACCUGAAAGGGGAGCAUCUGUGAUAAAAAUACCUAAUUAUAAGCAUAAAUCUUUCCAUGUCUGGUUAUUAAAGUUACCUUGGGACUAUAAUAGCCACUCUUGUCUCCCUUUUAAUAGAAAAUGGUCAUUAUGGGCUGGAUUUCUCCAUGGAGAUGGAGGAGCUUGUGAGGUAAUUGGCUUGGAGAACUGACUGACAAACUGGGACUCCAGGGUUUUGGGUUCUGUGUUGAAAGGUGGGAUCCAGUGCUUGUAGCAUAGAUUCCAUCAGGGCCCAAUGAACUCACAUAGAUAUAGGGUGGUCUUCUAGGUAGGCCACUGCUGAUCUGAACCCGGGUCUGAAAGGGAGCAUUGUGGCUUUUAUAAUCCAAUAUGCAAUGAUUAUACCAGCUUACAGGAGUUCUCUGUAGGUGCUUUUAUGAAUUAAUAAAGAGCUAUGACUCACUUCUGAUAGGUAAUAUGUAUUUAUUAAAUGUAUUAAUGUGUUUUAUAAUGUACCUUCACCCUCCUCUGGCUGACUUAUAAGAAAAAAAUCAUUAAAGAAAUUUCAAGACAAUCAA